CACUCCAAUAGGGCUGCAGGUCCCUGGGCGCGUUUUGGAUCAGAUCGCCUUGGUUCGGUUCGGUUUGGUUUGGUUGGGUUUUUUGUUUAUGCUGGGCAGGCACAAACGAGCUGACAAUGCCCCAUGUCAGGGCGACGGUACGUGCGGCCAAACAAAUUACAGGGAAAUUGCGUCACCUGCAGGAAUUUCCACUCGGCAUUGUCAAAUGCCAUCAGAAAUCGUUGGACAUGUUGUAACAUUAAUUUGACAUUUUACGGCCCAGGACAGGGAUUGUCGGCAAUGAGACCGCAGAGCAGCGCAGGACAACGAUUAACCCCCCAGCAGACAGCUGUCGAACGGAGCAAGGAUGCUGGAGCCACCAAGGGAUCUUGCAGCGGCACCUCUGGCACUCGGAAAAAUAUGAUGCAUAUGAUAUGA